AUGGAUCCAGAUGCCCUUGACUUCCCACAACAAAAUAAUCAGCAGGCAGGAGGCCCACUUGCCGGUCAGCCCGCUAACCCCACCUGGCCUGGUCAGCCCGCUAACCCCACCUGGCCUGGUCAGCCUGUUAACCCCACCUGGCCUGGUCAGCCAAACCAACCAGCUUGGCCUGGACAGCCUGGGCAGCCUACAGCUCCUGGGUGGCCUGGACCUGCACCACAAACCGGCCCUUAUGGUGCUCCUGGUGAAGCUCCAAGAGCACUAACUGUGCCAUUUGACCUCCCACUGCAAAGUGGAGUCUAUAACAAGAUGCUCAUCACCAUCGUUGGAGAGGUCAAACCCAAUGCUAAUAAUAUCACCAUUAAUUUAAAGAGAGGCAACGACAUUGCGUUUCAUCUAAACCCCCGGUUCAAUGAAGGUGGAAGGCAAGCGAUUGUGCGAAACAGCUUGAUUGGAAACCAGUGGGGCAGAGAAGAGCGCGAGGUCCCCUCCUUCCCGUUUGUCCCAGGAAAGCCUUUUGAGCUGAAGAUCUUAUGCACUGACACUGAAUUCAAAGUGGCUGUGAACAAAUCACACCUUCUGGAAUACAAACAUCGGAUCCGUGAGCUCAACCAGAUCAGAGAUCUUAGUAUCUACAGUGAUGUCAGCCUCAGCUCUGUAAAUGUGGAAACGCUGCAGUGAAAUCACACUACAGAUUUAACAAAGAAAUAUGCGAUGAUCUAACCACAUGUGCAAAUUACUUCACCUCCAGUAAUCAUCUUUUUUAAGCACUAUGUGUGUCAAUAAGAGUUUAUAUUUCCUGCAAAUCCAAGAGUGUUAUCAAUUUGCAAGCAAAUCCUGUUUUUCCUCAAUGCUGUAGUUAGCUUUGCCACCUCUAGGUGGGCCUGUUAUUAUCCGAGAGGGUUGGUUUGUCAUAAGGUUCAAUGAUGGAG